CAUGGUGAUGAUAAUGAUGAUCAUCCUGUUGUUGAAAAACCAUUGGAAAAAAGCAAUAAUGUUCAACAAAGCAACAAUGAUUAUUCAAACAUCAAUAAUAAUAAUGUUGAAAAUGUUGAUGAAAAAAUUUCAAAACCCGAACAAUCUCCAUUAUCUAAACCACCGAAUGAUGAUCGAUCAUCAUCAUCAUCUUUUAUACAUCAGAUUCGUGCACAAUUAUUAGGCAUACGUUUCCUACGAAAUGAACGAAAAGGUUUCGAACAAGAAGUUGAACGUUCAAUGCAUCAAUUAAAAGUUAAUCAUGAAAUGAAUAAUAAUCAAAUGGUGGAUUAUUACUUACCACAAAUUGAAAUCAACAUUCCACAUACUAUAAAUGAUUUUGUUCAAAUUGAAUUUGUUGAUUAUCAUGAAUCAUCAGGAAAACAAUUGGAAAAAUUUUUUUCCUCUAUUCGAAAAUGUAAUGAAGAAUUUUUCGACAAUUUACAUCCAAAUGAUUUACAAUCUGUUCGCCGAUCAUUAUUAAUCCAUCCGAUUAGAAUUCUCGUUAAUCAAUUAUUUUUAUAUCGUGGUCAAUUGAAUACACCAGUCGAACAAUGUUUGACAAUGACAACAAUUUUUUCACCACCAUCAUCACAACCAGCUUCUAGUACUACGAGCAAACAACAACAACAAAAUCGUUAUCAACAAUGUUUGAUCACACAAUUUGAAUCACCGGCUGUAGUAACCGAUGUAUUGAAUGUAUUUCGUAAAUUACAUGGUAUUAUGAAUCAAUUUCAGCCAUUAUCGACAAAUACUGUCGUAUCACGUGUCAACGAAUUUAAAGUGGUCAUGAAUGCCGAAGUAGAAAUUCAGGAAGAAAUCACAGAAGGAAAAUGGCAAACAUGUCCACGAGAAAAGGAUAGUUUCAAAAUUCGAACCAAUGUUGAUAAACGUAUCAUAAUAAAUCUACAACAGGAUCUAACACAUCAUAAUUUCCCAAUGAUAAGAAUUGAACGUUGUUUUGGAAUGUUACUAUCACCGGGACGUAACGUUUCUCCGAAUCAAAUGGUAGCUAUUGGUUUGAAUUCGAUGAGCUCGUCGAUACCGAAUCCAGAAUCGACACCAACACAAUCACAAUGGCAGAUUGUAGCCAGUUGGAUUCCAACCGAAAUUGAUUCUGAUCAUUUGAAUACAGAAACCGCACGAAAUAGUCGUGUAUAUUUUACCAUUGCUUUAGAUUUAAUUCUAGAAAAUAUUGAAGAACCAAUUCGAUUUAUUUUCGAAUCUAAAGCGAAAAUCAUUCCAACAUCAAUAUCGACAACUGAAAAAUUUUUGAAAAAUUUAGCCAACCUUUCGAAAAAUUCACAACGUUUUAUGCAUGAAUCAUUCUCUUUAAUUGUUCGACAACGACCCGAUAUGCAUGGACGUAUUAUUUAUGAAGUAAUUUCUUGUCUUUCAUCCACACAAAUUGCUAUGCAAAAACAACGAUUAGCAUUGCAACUUAAUCUUAAUAAAAUAUCCGAAAGUUCGAAAGAGAAUUCAACUCCAACGCCAGGUUCACCGUUGCCAGAAGAUGAACCGCCCGAGGAUGAUGAUGAACCGUUACAAAGUGGAUCCGGUUCGGUUCGACGUGAAUGUUCACAGAAUGAAAUUCAAGCUUGGCAUAACAUUUUGGAAAAAUGGAAUAAAGAAAAUCUUUCUGUACGACCACGACAAAUGGCCAGCAUGAUAAGACGUGGUGGAAUUCCACAAGCAUUACGGCCAGAAAUCUGGCAGCUAUUAUCUCGUGCACAUGAAAUUGAGGAGAAAAUUUUGCCAAAAUAUAAAUUAUUUGUUACACAAGAAUCCUCAUAUGAAUCGAUUAUUUUACGUGAUAUUUCACGAACAUUUACAGCUCAUGAAAAAUUUCGUGAUUCUGGAUCGGAACAACAAGAAUCAUUGUUUCGUAUAUGUAAAGCAUAUUCAAAUUAUGAUGCUGAAAUUGGCUAUUGUCAAGGUCUUUCAUAUCUAAUUGCAGCUCUCCUGUUGAAUAUGCCGGAAGAACAGGCCUUUUUGGUGUUAGUACAAAUCAUGUAUCGUUAUGGUUUACGUGAUUUAUUCAAAAGUGGCCUAGAAAAUUUACAUUGUAAAUUCUAUCAACUUGAACGAUUAUUAGACGAACAAAUACCGGAACUUUAUUGCCAUUUUAUUGAUCUACAUAUCGAAGCACAUAUGUAUGCAUCACAAUGGUUUCUAACAUUAUUUACAACAAAAUUCACAUUAAAUGUUGUGUUCAUGAUUAUCGAUUUGUUUCUAUUGGAUGAAAUGGAUGUUAUCCUACAGAUUGCUUUAGGACUGUUACAAAUGUCCAAAAAUGAUUUAUUAGCUUUAGAUUUUGAAGGUAUUAUGAAAUAUUUUCGUGUCACUUUACCUAAACUUUAUCGUAAUGAUGAUUCGGCUCGAGAAUUGAUACGAAAAUCUAUUAAAAUUAAUGUCAAGAAAGCGAAAAAAUAUGAAGCUCAUUAUAAGGAAUGGCAAGAAAAGAAUCGUGAUCCAUUUGAAAUUUUACAAACGGAAAAUAAACGAUUAAUGCAGACGGUUGCCCGGCUAGAACAGGAAAACGAUGACCAAGCAUUGGAACUAUUGGGAUUAUGUCAAUCAAAAAUACGAAUGAAAAUUGAGGUUGAUCGUGCUGAAGAUAAAGCUGACACUCUUAACGGCUUAUUAUUACAGACACGAACUAAAUUGGUCGAUUCGGAAGAUGAUCGUAAACAAUUGGGUGAAGAGCUUAAAAAUUUAAAGGAUAAAUAUCGUCAUGAAAUUGAUCGUUUCGAAUUGAAAGCAAAGAAUGAUCGCAAAAUUAUUGAAGAAUAUAAACAAAUUUGUCGAAAUUAUCAGGAAAAAUAUGAAAAAUGUCGAGAAGAUUCAAGUAGAAUGAUGGAAAAAAUACUUGAUGACAUUAAAACAUGUCAUAAUUGUGCAGAAAUUGUCGAUAAAAUAAUUCAUUCAGAAAAUGAUGAUUCGAUCAAUCUGAAUAAUAAUCAUAAUAAUAGUAAUGGUCAGUAUGAAGAACAAGAUCAAGCUAAACAAGAUCUUUAUAGACGAAUCGCUGAUUUGGAAUCCGAAUUGAUUAAAACAAAGAUUGCUUUAGCUGAAUCUGAAGAUCGUAAUGGGCAACUAGUUGGAAAAUUGCAUUCGACCAAUUCAGAAUUGAAUCUAUUGAAAGCACAAAAUGACGAACGUGCAGCUAUGGCAAAUAAUACAUGGUUUUCUAAAACAUUAUCAUCAUUACGUGAUGCAGCAACUUCAUCAUCAUCAUCAUCAACGCAGACAAAACAUCAACAUAAUCAGGUGAAACAAAGUAAUUCAAUUUCAUCGGGAAUUGCAUCAUCAUCAACAGAAUCAUCAUCAUCAAAUAGUCAACAAACUAAUCAAAACAACGAGCCACAACAAUCAAACAUUAACAAUAAAUUUCGACGUAAUAGUAGUCAAAGUGAACAUUGAAAAAUCAUCAUCAUCAUCAUUAUAUAUAAUGUGCAAAACAAAACGUUUCUUUUUCCAAUCAUUAUUUUCUAGUCUGGAAACUUUCAUUCCUUUUAUAUAUAGAUAUUUUUUUAAUCUAUAAAAGAAUUGAUUAUCCAAUUAAAAUCAUACAUUUUCAAUACAA